AUGGUACUCGAAGUAGAUGGAGUCAUAUUUCAAACUGCACCAUGGGAUCCUCGUUUUCCCAAUACCAACCAAACCAAGUAAUAUUUUAAAAAUUAUAUUGCUAUAUAUUAUAAUACAGGAUAAAUAACCUAUUAUCUAUUUUGUUGUAUGGUUCCUUAAAAAUAAAAUAUCAGAUAGAUUAAUUAUCUUAAUUUUAUCUUGACAUAUUUCAUACUUCUUCGCCUUCAUUUCAUUUAUGGGGUGAUAUAAUAUGUGGUAAGUGAUAUGUAAAGAUGUUGAUAAAAAACUUGUCCAAAUAUGAAAUUGAUUGAACAUUAUUAAAUCUGUAUUAAUUUCUAUUUGAAGUUUACAUAAAUGAUUUGAAAAGCUAAGGGAUUAUUUUUAUAGACAAAUAUUUUCUUAUAGGAAUUUGGUAUUUGCAAUCAGCAAACAGUUUUCAUCAAAUUUUUAAAUCCCUCAUCAUCUACUAUUGAAUAUAGUUGAUAGCUUGAUUAUUUCUGAGAUUUUCUUUUUUUUGUGGUUAAUUGUAGAAGUUUUAGAGCUAUUUGAUGGGAACAAAUUAAGUUUUAUGAUAAGUUGUGUUUCUACAAUUAUUGAUGGGCACGACUGUAACAAAAAAAAAACUAAAAAUUUGCAUUGACCAGUUACUAGAUUUGUUCUAUAGUUUGAAACUAUUGAGUUAUUUGACAGUUUAAAACUAACGUACAGUUUAUUGAACUAUCGGUUUAUUAAACAAUCUAUGAUGAUAAUAAACCAGGGUUAUUGGCAUUUUAUGAGUAAAAAAUAAAAAGGUUGAAAAAAAACUAUUAAUACUUUUUCGAUAAAUAAAAGAAGUGAUGAGCCGAUGUGAUUGGCUGCUUGUUAUAGCACUUGAGCUGCUCUUUCUGUAUCUUCUACUGAGCUUUCUCAAAACAAAAAUAAAUAGAUACACGUGGUUAAUUAUAAUAUUUAUAUCUCAAUAUUAUUACCAUAUUAUAUUAAAAAUAAUUUUUGAAGAGAUAAAAAAAAAAAUUUUUUUUAAAUUAUUGAAGUUAAACUUCAGACUAAAGCGAACACUUUGAUAAAUGUUUUCAAAUUUAAUUCUCGAAUAGCAUCAGAUACCAAAUAGUUUGGUUCAAAAUUUUUUCAUUGCAGAUUCGAAUUUCGAAUUGAUCUACCUAUCACUAAUAUCAUGCCCAGUAAGUCACUAUAAAACAAACCACACAAAUCUUAGAUAGGAUUUUAAUAAAGUCUUAACUAAGGUAUAAUACUAAUUGGUAUGGUUUUAUGAUAUUUAUUUUCAGAUACUGUUAUCAAAGUUACUUAGAUUUUAACCGUUGCAAGAAAAUAAGAGGUGAAGAUUUUGAUGCCUGCCAGUAUUACAAACGGGUUUUUAAAUCCAUUUGCCCAAAUUCAUGGAUUGAUAAAUGGGACACACAAAUUGAUGAAUGCAGAUUUCCUGGCAAUAUUUAA